CACUUACACGCACGUACGUACAUGACGCAACGCUGUUACGCUCAAUCCGCACAAUUAACAUUCAUUUAACACUUGUUUGUCUUUCUGAAACGUAGGCGUGUAAUUUUAGCUACUCACAGGUAUACAUUCGCGUGCUUUAUACAUCUCUAAUCGCGCUUUUCUCCCAUUAACUUUUCAACUGUCGCGUGCUUACCGCGUUUCACCGCUUCGCUUCGCGGUGGAAGCCGAGAGAGAACGAGAGAAACCGCAUCGCAACGGAGAUUAUUCUUCCUUUUUUUGUUUCCUUUUGAAUUGCGAUUCACAGUUAGCGUGAUUUCGCGCACUGUAAUUCCGCCGGGAGACGUUGAACUUCCCCGCGCGCGCGGACUUGUCUAAUUAGCGAGCGUAAAUAACGCGUCGUUAUCUCGUUAUCGAUACAAAAACCUCGGCAUUUCAAUAGCCCCGCGGCGGUCGCGUACCGCGGCUAUAAAUCGGCCCUGCGGCGACACGGUGCAACUUGAAUAAAAGUACUGACGUCAAUCGGCGGCAUGAAACGCGAUCCGCUUAUUUACGAAACGAUCGUGCUUCGAGUUCUUUCCGCGUUCUACUCGUGGUUAAACGAGCGUUUUUCUCUAUAUUUUUGUUGUCUUUUUUUCAUCUCCUUUUUCCUCCGUUCGGUCGCAAUGAGAUCCACAGACAAGUUCACGUUCGUCAGUUUUGCGUCGGGGACGGCGUCCUCACAAUUUGUUGGCUCGCAUUUUAGCCAUUUUUUACAACCGAGUGCGUGCAUUCGCACGCGACAGGAAACACGAGCCACCACUGCGCCGAUGUAUGGCCGAUAAUGGACGGAGGCCGAAAUCACGGCCGAAUAACGCGGACCUUGCCGCCCUCGAGCAAGGAGCAAACGCGCUUGAGCAAUCAUGACUCGACGGGCAACAAGGAGCACCGUCGCCAGAAGGAUGGGUCCACCAGCAGCGGUAGCAGCGGCAGCAGUAGCAGCACUUACAGUAGUGCCUUUCGUCAAUGGCGACGGAGCACGUCAAUGGGCUCCCACAACAGCCGGUCCAACAGCACCGGCUCCAGAUCGUCCAACUCGUUCACCAAAUUGCCGAAUGACCCGGCCACCAUGCGAAAAAUGGAACAAUUCCCCUUGGUCUUGUCAGACACAACGAUGCCGGACGAGGACCUUUCGUUAAAGUUCCUUGCAUUGAACGCUUUGGACUUGACGGCGCCAGCCAGUGACGUUCUCCUAAAGAACCGAUUGAAGUCUUGGUUCCAGUUGUCGGGACAUCCCGACGGUUUCGCUCCUGCGGGACCCGGUACGGUUUGGAAGAGGAGAACGGGCGGCACUGAAAACACAGAGCGCGUUGUUUACGAGACCCUAAGCAAGGACGAAGCACUGCGAGACUGUAUUCCGAGAUAUUACCGGGAGGUCGAGUACAAGGGCGACACGUUCAUCGAGCUGCAGGAUCUGCUGUUCGGCUUCAACGAUCCCCACGUGAUGGACAUCAAGAUGGGCACACGGACCUUCCUCGAGUCCGAAGUAUCCAAGACCACCGCCAGGCCGGAUCUCUAUCAGAAGAUGAUAGCCGUCGAUCCGGACGCGCCGGCCCAACUGGAGCACGAGCAGCGCGCCGUAACCAAGUUACGGUACAUGCAAUUCCGCGAGCAGCAAAGUUCGACCUGCAGCCACGGUUUUCGCAUCGAGGCGAUGAAGCUGCCGGGCGCGCCGCCGAUCACCGAUCUCAAGAAGGUCAAGUCGCAUUCGGAGGUGCUCGACACCAUCAGGCAGUUCCUCGGUAGGCGCGAGGAUACGCGCAGAAAGAUCCUCGCGCGUCUCAGGAGUCUGCGGACCAAAGUCGAGGAGUCAGAGUAUUUCGAAACCCACGAGGUAAUUGGCAGUAGCAUAUUCAUGAUUUACGACAGCGAGAAGGUCGGUGUUUGGCUGAUCGAUUUCGCGAAAACGCGCGUAGUGCCCGACGGACGGAGGCUUACGCACAGGCGUCCUUGGGAGGAAGGUAACCACGAGGAGGGCUUUCUAUUCGGAUUGGACAACCUAAUUUCAGCCAUGGAAGAGGUCCGCCUCACGCCGUGAAAGUUCCCGAUCGGAAUGGAUUUCCUUGCAUUAUAAUCAACAUUUAAUCAUGUACAUCUCUACGAACGAGUGAAGAAAAGUAUUUGUACUCUCCAUCAUUUCUCCCACAUAUCAAUGGUAUUCAGUUUAAGACAGCGCCACUCAACAAGAAGAGGAGUAUCUGUGACAGCGCGUCGAUAGCAAAAAGUGGUGUACCGGUACUCGUUUCGCUCAUUUUAUACUUUAACUUUUCUGGUCUUGUCGCGAAAGCUAUCGACAUUCUCAUCAUUCUUAUUUAUAUCAUUAAUGUAGACACAUAUAUUUACGUGUAUAUUGGUAUUUUACAUGGAAGACUGCUUUCUAUUGCAUUUCGCGCGCAUUUUUAUAAGAGACAUCUCUAGACGAAGUUUACAACACACUACUAUGUGUACAAACGUGUAAUGUACAAAAGUAGCAUUUAAGCUAGCGUGUAAGUGAUCUAACGUGUAAGCUAAGCGAAACUUAUUUAUGAGGAGUGCUUACGUCGGAUAAUAACGUUCUUACAUUUUUUAAAGAGUACUCGAUUGCUUCGUGUUUCAGUUUGUAGUAAUAAAUAAAUAGUCUUCGUCUUUGUGAAGAUGAACUUUUUCAUCUUGAUCACAUCAACGUGUCCUUUCGUCACACAGAAUGAUAUCUGAAACCUGGAUACGCAACGGACAGAAUUGUGUGGAAUGUAAUAGAGAGUUGUGAGAAACGUGUGAAGAAGUCAGUCAUAUUUAGUCCGUAAAUGUACAAGAAAUGAUAUAUUAGUCGAAAACUAUUUUAUAACGAAUACAAUGUUCCAUGUCUUUACAAUUUUAAUACUAUACAAUUUACAGAUAUAAAUGAAUAAUAUUAGUAAUAAUGACAAAUUUUACAUACGUCGUUUCUACACAUUAUCGUAAAAGAAGAAAGAAGUGAAAGAAAUUUGUUAUAUUGACACAGUAAUUGGUCAUUUAAGAAGGAAGUAGAAAGCGCACUCUCGACCAAGGUGGGGCUUUCCGCUCAUUGGUCGGUCAUAACUAUUGAUUAUAAUCGAGCCUCACUUCAAGAUCGAUGAUGUUAUCGAAAUUUAAAGUUCAUGCUGACCAAUCAUCGCGAGAAAAAAUGCGACGCAACCAAUUGUUAAGCACGGAGCUAGCCACUAUCACGACUCAAAGCUGUAUGAGGUGUUUCGGAAAAAAAUUGUUAUCGUCGACAUAACAAUAUUUGGACUGAGUAUGUACUGUAAAAUUGCAAGGGAGGUAAUAUCAAUCGGCGAUAAGGGGAAAUUUACGGUACUUCGGGGAUUAUUCGACUCGAUUCACUGCCAUUCAGCUUACGUUUGUUGUAUGCUAAAAAUAUCCGUCAUCAUGUGUAUAUAUAUAUAUAUCUCCUUUUUUAUUAUUA